AAAACAACACAAAAAAAAUAAGAGAACAAAUAGCAAACCAGCCGGCCAACGUCCCUAAAAACAUUUUUUUAAAACAAAACUUUGAUCAAAUUUGAAGCUGUUCCAAACGAAGCCGCACGUGGAAGACGAAGCUCCCAAUCCGCGCUAAGGUGGACUGCUUCUCCCCAAAUACUAUUCAAGUCUCCAUUGGCCUUCGGAAAACCUCUAUCGGAACAUUCUUCAAUUGCUUGCUUGGGUACGGUGAUGGCGGCCAUCAGAAUGAUUGACAUUGGUGCGAACCUCACAGAUGGGAUGUUUAAGGGGAUUUACAACAGAAAGCAAUACCAUGCCUGCGACAUCCAAGCUGUGCUCGCGCGGGCGUGGAAUGCCGGCGUUGACCGUAUCAUCGUCACGGGAACAACGCUGGAGGAAUCGCGUGAGGCGCUUACUAUCGCGGAAACUGACGGACGGCUCUUCUGCACUGUGGGUGUGCAUCCAACGAGAUGCAAAGAGUUUGAAAAGAGUGGUGACCCUGAUAAGUACUUUCAGGAGCUAGUUUCAUUAGCCAAGGAGGGGAUUGCAAAGGGGAAGGUGGUUGCAGUCGGUGAAUGCGGCUUGGACUAUGAUAGAUUACGUUUUUGUCCCUCUGAAAUACAGAAGAAGUAUUUUGCAAAACAAUUUGAAUUAGCGGAAACGUUGAAGUUGCCAAUGUUUUUGCACAUGCGUGCUGCACCUGAUGAUUUUUGCAACAUCUUAGAGCAAAAUAUACACAGAUUCACUGGUGGAGUUGUUCAUUCAUUUACUGGUAGUGCGGAAGAUCGUGACAGGCUUCUAUCAUUUGAUAACAUUUUUUUAGGAGUUAACGGUUGCUCUCUAAAGCAAGCAGAGAAUCUAAAUGUUGUGAGAGGCAUUCCUACUGAAAAAAUGAUGAUUGAGACUGACGCACCAUAUUGUGAGAUCAAGAAUACUCACGCUGGAAUUCAUUUAGUUAAGUCAACUUGGCCUUCUAAGAGAAAGGAAAAGUAUGAUCCUAAUUUUAUUGUUAAAGGGAGGAAUGAACCUUGCCUUGUCAGACAAGUCCUUGAGGUUGUUGCUAGCUGUAAGGGAAUCAACAACAUAGAUCAACUUGGAAGAACCCUGUACCAUAAUACCUGCAGAUUGUUCUUUUCUCAUGAUUUGGAUACGGCCGCAGACGAGCUUCUUGAAACGGGUGGUGAAGUUCACAAAGAAGAGUCUUAAUAACUGCAGAUGAAAAUCAAUCACGAAUAAUCUAUAAACCAUAGAAAAUCUCAUCAUUCCUGAUGGAGAACCAAACCAAAUAUAUUUCGACCUUUUGUUUUAUGGAAUGCUCAAUGAAGAUCAGCAUUUGUGAUAAACUUUGUUUGUAAGUGGUUCCUUAUGGAACUGUUUUGAGGUUCCUUAUGUGAGCAGUCGGUUCUACUUAGCUUAGACUACACCAACGUGUAUUUACUUAAGUAUCCCUCUGUCUCUAUAUAUACUUUGUAACUGCACAAUUCAUAAUAAGAUUGAUUCAUAAUUUCCU